CUACUGCGAGCGUGGACUAAGUCUGCGCUUGCGCCGAGGUUGGCUGGCCCCACCCUAACGGCGCCUGGGUCCAAGAAGGCUGUCUGCCGCUUGCUGGGAACCGAAAUGUCUGCAGAAUAGAAGAAGCAAUGGAGAGACUCAUGGGGCCUGAUAAGCAAAAAUGGGCCAUUAUGAAUCCAGAAGAACGUAUGGCAGCAGCUGCUAUAGCCUUUACCCAGAUCUGUGCAGAACAGGGUGAGGGGGAUACCAAAAGGGAAGCCAGGUCAAACCAGUAUGAUCCUUAUAGUAAAGCUUCAGUGACCCUGGGCAAGGCACCCUCUCUACCUAUGUAUCUGCGGUGUGCACAAGAAGAUCUUACGGUUUCAGAGACUGGCUCAGACACCUCCCAAAGAACCCGGAAGCCAGUAAUGAAGAGGAAAGUGCUUCGUAGGAAGCCAGAUGGUAAAGUACUAGUUACAGAUGAGUCUGUUAUAAGUGAUUCAGGGUCUAGUACAGAAAAUGACAUGGAACUCUGGGAAUUAAGACAAAGACUAAUGAAUUUACAAGCCUGCGGGGAAGAUGCUGAGGCUGAGGCUGAGGCUGAGGCUGAGGCUGAAGGUAUGGAUAGCUCAGAGAAGUUGUACCCACAACAUUCAUACCAUGACAUUUCUCAGGAAGAAGAAAUCAUUUGUUACCUACAAAGAGAAGCAAUGGAACCUCCAACUUAUGAACAAGAUCUGAUUGUUUCUAGCCGACCUAAGUCAUUCAUCCUCCCAAAGGUGGAUCAGCUAGGCCGAAAUCGGGGGAAAAUUGACCGAGUAGCUCGGUAUUUUGAAUACAAAAGAGAUUGGGAUUCAAUGAGGUUUCCUGGAGAGGAUCAAAGAAAAGACCUUCGUUGGGGUGUUCGAGAACAGAUGAUCUGUCGUUCAGAGCCCCAACCCAAACCUCAACAUAUAUAUGUCCCCAACAACUACUUGGUACCAACCAUGAAGAAAAGAUCUGCCUUACGUUGGGGUGUGCGCUGUGACCUAGCAAAUGGUAUCAUGCCCAGGAAGCUCCCUUCCCCUGUUUCUCCUUCUUAGUCCUUUAUUGUCUAGUUUCCUACUCAAGAUAAUCUGUGACUACCUAGUUCACACUUUGCAUAUUGAGAAACAACUGACUAAAAAAAAACAUGGAAUGUUUUAAAUUAAGGACCUUAUCCAUCACUGGCUUUUCUCUUUCUAUUCUGAACAGUGUCAGAUGUCAAUUAACUUCCAAAUUACCAUUCACAAACCCAGCACUCUUAAGACAAAUCAUGCCAGAGAAAGAACCAAACUAGUAGUCCUUUUUGUCACAUCUGAUGAUAAGCACUACUUGUAUUCUGUGCCUUUUUCCCAUUUGGCCAAGCUGAGUUGUUGUGUAAUUUUAUUAGUUGUUGCUGUGUGUGGUUUUUAUAGCUUCUGGGUGUUAAAACUGUCUUAAUAAAGAAUAUUUUAGAAAUGUAUAAGCUUCCCAUAUCUCUAACAGAUACUUCGUAAUAGAGCAAAUUUACAAUGAACUAGAACCCCAAUUCAUAGGAUUCCAUCCCUGCUUACAUUCCCCACGCCCCCUUCCUCUUAAUUCUGUAAGAGUUGAGGGGAUGAAGGUAGGAAUAAGAACACAAGGCCUGCCCUCCCCAUAAUAGCUCCUGAAUAAAGGAAAUAAGUCAAAGGUCAAAUUUCAUGUUGCUAAAGGAAGGCUAUUACUAUAUCUAGUCAUUAAUAAGAAGCUUCUAAAAGCAGCUUUUUUAAAUGGAUAGAUGUACUAAUGUGUUCCAGUCCAGAACUCUGGUCAUGAAUUCCUUGCACAGAGUAGGCACUUAAUAAAUUUCGAACUCAAUUUGUUAAAUUGAAGAAUGUAAUUUAUCAGCUUGGUCACUUCAGGAUUGUGAUUCCUGUGGCCAACAGCAUAUUAUAGAACAAAUUGUACUACAUUAAAAUUCUAGAAUACUCUUGUAUAACUUCUACAAAUAAAAACUGGAUUUAGGAAGAUUUAAAUCCAGUUCACUCUUGUGGCAUGAGGUGGAAACAACUAAUUGCUGUUGUCAUUUAGUUACCUCUAAAACCUUGAUCUCUUGAAGGGUAGGAAAAGAAGGGGAAGAAAACGAGAGUUCUCAUCUACUUAUAAAAGCAUUUGAAGCCAGAGGAAUUUUAAAUGGUCCCCCUAAAUUUAACCUCAUCUUUAUUUUUUGUCUUUACAAAUGACAUUUUGCUUUCUUGAGUUGUUACAAGGUCAGAAUCUAGGCCCUGGGUUUGUUCAGUCUUUUACCAGCAUUCUUGUUGUUCAUGUCUGUCCCUGCUGAUGUUGUGGCCACUUGUUUUAAUAUGAUUUGUAAUUUUACUACAGGAGCUGUUCAAAGGAUGAGUUUUCAAAUAAAAACCUAAAAUAAUCCACAAUCUAGUUUUGCAUUUUAAUCAAUUCCAUCUAAAAGCAUUAAUGCCAGCUAAAUUUCCCUUUCUCCAAAACAUUUUAUUUUAAAAUUAAAAACAACAGCAAAAUAUUCUUCCGGUUUUGAGACUACUAGCCAAGUUUUAUUUCUAUUUUAAAAUCUAUUUAGAUUUCAAGUUCUUGGUUUGGUGA